GUGAGAUGUGAUUGGUCACAUGGUGCAAGGCUGUUGUGAAUAGCCUUGUACCAUGUGAUCUCUGUGAUCAUUCACAGAUUUCACACAUAGUAAGCAAUGAUGUCAGAAGUGACAUCGUGCUUACUACUAUUCAUGUGAUCACUGAUUGGCCAAUCAGUGAUCACAUGAUUGGGACCUCACACAGAGGUCCCGACAGCAGGCACCGGGUCACACAGAGGUCCCAGGGAGCGCGCACCAGCAGGGAAGCGGGGGAGGACAUUUUUAAACGGCCACCCGCCCAUGCACUGCUCCCAAAGCAGGGGGUGGGGUGCUGACGUU